AUGGCUGUUGUUUCUCCAAAAAGUUCCAAGAGGAAGGCCUCGGAGGAGGCAGCUUCCCCGGAGUCUCAGCAGCUGGGCAAAAAGGCGCGGACUGACUCCCCAGAAAAAGAGGAAGAAGAUUCGCCCAAAAAGCCGGCGCUGCGCAUCGUACCUUUCCCCGAGAAGCCCGCUGUUCUGGAAGAGCGCCGAGGUGAUAUAGAGUUCCGUGUGGUCAACAACGAUGGAUCACACGAUAGUUUCAUUGUCUUGACCGGCUUAAAAUGCAUCUUUCAGAAGCAGCUCCCUAAGAUGCCGAAGGACUAUAUCGCACGCCUGGUUUAUGAUCGCUCACACUUAUCUAUUGCGAUUGUUAAGCAUCCUCUAGAGGUCGUGGGAGGCAUUACGUACCGGCCUUUUAACAGCCGCAAAUUUGCUGAAAUUGUGUUCUGCGCUAUCUCAUCUGACCAGCAAGUGAAGGGCUACGGUGCUCAUUUAAUGUCCCAUCUGAAGGACUAUGUUAAAGCCACGUCUCCUAUCAUGCACUUCUUAACCUACGCCGAUAAUUAUGCCAUCGGAUACUUCAAGAAACAGGGUUUUACCAAGGAGAUCACCCUCGACAAGUCUAUUUGGAUGGGAUACAUCAAGGAUUAUGAAGGCGGUACCAUCAUGCAGUGUACCAUGCUGCCCAAGAUUCGAUACCUCGAAAUGGGUCGGAUGCUACUCAAGCAAAAGGAAGCUGUACAGGCCAAGAUACGUGCUUUUAGCCGAUCUCACAUUAUCCACCCUCCGCCCAAGGAAUGGAAGAACGGAGUUCACAAAAUUGACCCCCUUGCAAUUCCUGCGAUCAAGGAAUCUGGUUGGUCUCCCGACAUGGACGAAUUAGCUCGCCAGCCACGCCACGGCCCGAAUUACAACCAACUACUACACCUGUUGAAUGAUAUGCAGAAUCACAGUUCAGCUUGGCCUUUUACCCAACCCGUGAAUCGCGACGAGGUGCCUGAUUACUAUGAGGUGAUUAUGGAACCAAUGGACCUGUCUACCAUGGAGGAGAAGCACGAGAAGGAUAUGUAUCCGACUCCGCAGGACUUCGUCAAGGAUGCAAUGUUGAUAUUUGACAACUGCCGUCGGUAUAACAACGAAAGCACCCCGUAUGCCAAGAGCGCAAACAAACUUGAGAAGUUCAUGUGGCAACAGAUCCGCAAUAUUCCGGAGUGGUCGCAUCUUGCCGAGGGGCAUUAA